AUGGCCAAACCUUAUGAAUUCAAUUGGCAAAAGGAAGUUCCUUCCUUUCUGCAAGAAGGAGCAGUUUUUGACAGAUAUGAAGAGGAAUCCUUUGUAUUUGAACCCAAUUGCCUCUUCAAAGUGGAUGAAUUUGGCUUCUUUCUGACCUGGAGAAGUGAAGGCAAGGAAGGACAAGUUCUAGAAUGCUCCCUUAUCAACAGUAUUCGGUUGGGAGCUAUACCAAAGGACCCCAAAAUCCUGACUGCUCUUGAAGCUGUUGGAAAAUCAGAAAAUGACCUGGAAGGGCGGAUCAUGUGUGUCUGCAGUGGUACAGAUCUGGUGAACAUCAGUUUUACUUACAUGGUGGCUGAAAAUCCGGAAGUAUCCAAGCAAUGGGUAGAAGGCCUGCGAUCAAUCAUACACAACUUCAGGGCCAACAACGUGAGUCCAAUGACAUGCCUCAAGAAACACUGGAUGAAAUUGGCAUUUCUGACCAACACAAAUGGUAAAAUUCCAGUUAGGAGUAUUACUAGAACCUUUGCAUCGGGGAAAACGGAAAAAGUGAUCUUUCAAGCUCUCAAGGAGUUAGGUCUUCCCAGUGGAAAGAAUGAUGAAAUUGAGCCUGCAGCAUUUACUUAUGAAAAGUUUUAUGAACUGACACAAAAGAUUUGUCCUCGGACAGAUAUAGAGGAUCUUUUUAGAAAAAUCAAUGGAGACAAAACUGAUUAUUUAACGGUAGACCAAUUAGUGAGCUUUCUAAAUGAACAUCAGCGAGAUCCUCGACUGAAUGAAAUUUUAUUCCCAUUUUAUGAUGUUAAAAGAGCAAUGCAGAUCAUUGAGACGUAUGAGCCUGAUGAAGAUUUGAAGAAUAAAGGCCUCAUAUCAAGUGAUGGGUUUUGCAGAUAUCUGAUGUCGGAUGAAAAUGCCCCAGUCUUCCUAGAUCGCCUAGAACUGUAUCAAGAAAUGGACCAUCCUUUGGCUCACUACUUCAUCAGUUCUUCCCACAAUACCUAUCUCACUGGUCGACAGUUUGGUGGAAAGUCUUCUGUAGAAAUGUACAGACAGAUUCUCCUGGCUGGCUGCAGAUGUGUUGAACUUGACUGUUGGGAUGGAAAAGGUGAAGAUCAAGAACCAAUUAUAACUCAUGGAAAAGCAAUGUGUACAGAUAUCCUUUUUAAGGAUGUAAUUCAAGCCAUCAAGGAAACUGCGUUUGUCACAUCAGAAUAUCCUGUAAUUCUCUCCUUUGAAAAUCACUGCAGGGAGCUUGAACCAGGCAGACCCUUGCCAUCCCCCAAUGACCUGAAAAGAAAAAUACUUAUCAAAAAUAAACGGCUGAAACCUGAAGUGGAAAAAAAACAGCUGGAAGCUUUGAAAAGCAUGAUGGAAGCUGGAGAAACUGCUGCCCCAGUUAGCAUCUUAGAGGAUGAUAAUGAAGAAGAGAUAGAAAAUGCUGACCAAGAGGAGGAAGCUCACCCCGAAUUCAAAUUUGGAAAUGAACUUUCUGCUGAUGACUUGGUUCACAAGGAAGCUGUUGCAAAUAGUGUCAAAAAGGGCCUGGUUACUGUAGAAGAUGAGCAGGCGUGGAUGGCAUCUUAUAAGUAUGUAGGUGCUACCACUAAUAUCCAUCCGUAUUUAUCCACAAUGAUCAACUACGCACAGCCUGUAAAGUUUCAAGGUUUCCAUGUGGCUGAAGAUCGCAAUAUCCAUUAUAACAUGUCUUCUUUUAAUGAAUCAGUCGGGCUGGGCUACUUGAAGACACACGCAAUUGAAUUUGUGAAUUAUAACAAACGGCAAAUGAGUCGCAUUUACCCCAAGGGAGGCAGAGUGGACUCCAGUAAUUACAUGCCUCAGAUUUUCUGGAAUGCUGGCUGCCAGAUGGUCUCAUUGAACUAUCAGACCCCAGAUUUAGCGAUGCAAUUGAAUCAGGGGAAAUUUGAGUAUAAUGGAUCAUGCGGGUACCUUCUCAAACCAGAUUUCAUGAGGCGACCCGAUCGAACAUUUGAUCCCUUCUCUGAAACUCCUGUUGAUGGAGUUAUUGCAGCCACUUGCUCAGUGCAGGUUAUAUCGGGUCAAUUCUUAUCAGAUAAGAAAAUUGGCACAUAUGUAGAAGUGGAUAUGUAUGGGUUGCCCACCGACACUAUACGUAAGGAAUUCCGAACCCGUAUGGUAAUGAACAAUGGUCUCAAUCCAGUUUACAAUGAAGAAUCAUUUGUCUUCCGGAAGGUCAUCCUCCCGGACCUGGCUGUCUUGAGAAUAGCAGUGUAUGAUGACAACAAUAAGCUGAUUGGCCAGAGAAUCCUUCCACUGGAUGGCCUCCAAGCAGGCUACAGACACAUUUCCCUUCGAAAUGAAGGAAAUAAACCAUUAUCGCUGCCAACCAUUUUCUGCAAUAUUGUGCUUAAAACAUAUGUGCCUGAUGGAUUUGGAGAUAUUGUGGAUGCAUUGUCGGAUCCAAAGAAAUUUCUCUCAAUUACGGAAAAGAGAGCAGAUCAAAUGAGAGCUAUGGGUAUUGAAACCAGUGACAUCGCAGAUGUGCCCAGUGACACUUCAAAGAAUGACAAGAAAGGAAAAGCCAACACUGCCAAAGCAAACGUGACUCCUCAGAGUAGCUCUGAGCUCAGACCAACCACUACAGCAGCCCUGGGGUCUGGCAUGGAAACCAAGAAAGGUAUUGAACUUAUUCCUCAAGUGAGGAUAGAAGAUUUAAAGCAGAUGAAGGCUUACUUGAAGCAUUUGAAGAAGCAACAGAAGGAGCUAAAUUCUUUAAAGAAGAAACAUGCGAAGGAGCACAGUACCAUGCAGAAGUUACAUUGUACUCAAGUAGACAAAAUGGUGGCACAGUAUGACAAAGAGAAGUCGACUCAUGAGAAAAUCCUAGAGAAGGCAAUGAAGAAAAAGGGAGGAAGCAAUUGUCUCGAAAUGAAAAAAGAAACAGAAAUUAAAAUUCAGACACUGACAUCUGAUCACAAAUCUAAGGUCAAAGACAUUGUGGCACAGCACACCAAAGAGUGGUCAGAAAUGAUCAACACCCACAGUGCUGAGGAGCAAGAAAUCCGUGACCUGCAUCUCAGCCAGCAAUGUGAGUUGCUGAAAAAGCUUCUCAUCAACGCUCAUGAGCAGCAAACCCAGCAGCUGAAACUCUCCCAUGACAGGGAAAGCAAGGAAAUGCGAGCACACCAGGCUAAGAUUUCUAUGGAAAAUAGCAAAGCCAUCAGCCAAGAUAAGUCUAUCAAGAAUAAAGCAGAGCGGGAAAGGAGAGUCAGAGAGUUAAACAGCAUCAACACGAAAAAGUUUCUGGAAGAAAGAAAGAGACUUGCAAUGAAGCAAUCCAAAGAAAUGGAUCAGUUGAAGAAAGUCCAGCUUGAACACUUAGAUUUCCUAGAAAAACAGAAUGAGCAGCUUUUGAAAUCCUGUCAUGCAGUGUCCCAAACGCAAGGCGAAGGAGAUGCAGCAGAUGGUGAAAUUGGAAGCCGAGAUGGACCGCAGACCAGCAACAGUAGUGUGAAGCACCAAAAUGCAAACUGA